AUGGCCGCCUCCAACACACCGCUUCGCUACCAGGUCAUGCGUAUCUACAAGGAAUUGCUGUACAUGGGCCGUGAAUAUCCCCUAGGAUACGAGUACUUCCGCACGCGUCUGCACCGCGCAUUUGCCAGCCAACGCCAUUUGACCGACGAGGUCAAGAUCAAGCAGGGCAUCGAGAGGGCCGAGUACUAUCUGAAGCGGUAUCGUACACUGCGCCAGCGCUACGAUAAAGGCGCAUAG